CGUCAAACAGAACUAUCCCGCCCAAUAUGAAUAUGUACACACCCCAGUCUUACAACAUCAACAUCUCCCGCCCCCUAUUCACAAGCAAUCUCAAGAUAAGACGAAUAAUACCGCAUCGUAAAUAUCUCAUAGAUCUCCACCGUAGUUACCCAGAUCAGAUCGAUCUCAGUGAUUAUAUUUAGCCUCGGCUACGCCCGCACUAUUAUUAUCAACACAUCAGCGUCACCAACGUAAUUAGAAGGAAAAGCCUUCGGAGACGCCACAUACACUCACAGGUUGUAUAUAUCAGCAUUUUAACAGGCGUUAUGGCCAGGGACGUCGUUAACAUUCAGCAUAAACCGCGCGACCGCGGGGAUGAUGUUAGCAGUGCGAAGAGCUGGCCGGAUAACACGUUCCUAGACUCUGCUUCCGAGAAAGACGAGACGGAGACGAGCACGAUCACGCAGCAGUUGGAGGAGCCUGUUGUGAUGCAAGCGGAUCAUACUUCUGCUACUGUUGCUGCUGCGCCCGUGGUAGUCGUUGACGAUAAGCCUCCUAAUGGCGGCUAUGGAUGGGCGUGUGUGGCGGCGUGUUUCUGGAUCAAUGCGCAUACCUGGGGCAUGAAUAGUGCCUACGCCGUCUUCCUCGCGCACUAUCUCUCCACAAACACCUUCCCGGGCGCCACCCGCCUCGAAUACGCCCUCAUCGGCGGCCUCUCUAUCAGUACCGCCCUCCUCAUCUCGCCCAUCGCCACGACCACCACUCGCCUCUUUGGCACGCGCACCACGCUCUUCAUCGGCAUCUUCUUCGAAACAGCCUCCUUCAUCGGCGCCUCCUUCGUCACGCGCAUCUGGCAGCUCUUCCUCAGCCAGGGCGUGUGUUUUGGCUGGGGCAUGGGCUUCCAGUUCGUCGGCAGCGUGAGCGUGCCGCCGCAAUGGUUCACCACGCGGCGCAGUCUCGCAAACGGCGUUGCCGCCGCGGGUAGUGGGCUAGGCGGGCUGACGUAUAGUCUCGCAGCAAAUGCGAUGCUGCAGAGCAUUGGUCUCGCGUGGGCGUUUCGGGUGCUUGGGAUCGUGGCGUUUGUGGUCAACACGACAUGUGCGCUUGUGAUCCGCGAUCGCAACAAGCAGGUUGGGAGUACGCAGUUGGCGUUUGAUUAUGCGCUGUUUCGGAAGUAUGAGUACUGCGUGCUGCAGGUUUUUGGCGUGUUCAGUAUGCUGGGAUAUGUGGUGUUGUUGUUUUCGCUGCCGAAUUAUGCGCAGCAGUCGUUGCACUUGACGUCGAUGCAGGGCAGUAUUGUGGGUGCGGUAUUUCAGCUCGGGCAGGGACUGGGUAGGCCGCCUGUGGGUUACUUUUCUGAUAACUUUGGGAGGAUUAAUAUGGCGGGUACGAUGUCCUUCCUGUGUGGGCUCUUUUGCCUGGUAGUAUGGGUGUUCGCGAAGAGUUAUGGAGUACUCCUGUUCUUUGCCCUCAUUGGUGGAAGCGUCGCUGGAACUUAUUGGGCGGUAAGUUGUCUGACACGAUCCAGACAUCAUAUUACCAUUUGACUCAUUGUGACAGGUAAUCGCACCGGUCACAGCUGAAGUCGUAGGACUCAAGCACGUACCCAGUGCUUUGAAUAUCACGUGGCUGGUCUUAGUCCUGCCUACGACCUUCUCGGAAGCAAUUGGCCUGCAGAUAGUGACCAUGAAUGGGGGCAAAUAUCUCGGUGCGCAGCUCUUUGCCGGUUUUAUGUAUAUGGG